AUGACAGCCUCAUUCCCAAUCCGCCCGCGACGCGGCUUGUCGCUUCUCUGCGUCAUAACCGCAUUUAGCUUUAGCGUUGUUAUGGUCAUUUGGUUUGGUAUGAACACUGACCGUGAAUACAUCCAUCCUGUGCUCACACAAUUAAUCCCCGCCGGACACUGCGCAUGCGAAUCCUCUACUACCUUCCAAUGCUCGACCUGUCUCACCUGCCCCGAACCCGCUUCCCAAGAAGAGAUCACCCCCGCUUGGUCCUUUGAAUACACUCGCGAUGGUCGCAAUGAGGCCCUCAGUGAGAGCCAAUGCAAAGCUGCCUUCCCGGGAUUAUUCGAGGAUAUCGCGCGCGGACGCAAAUUCUGGUCUUCACACGGUCACUUGUCAUCGACGGAACUCGACGCGAUCACAAUCCAACAUGGUAUGGUGCGGGCAUUCAUAUCCAGUGGGCAAUUGUAUGUGGUCACGGCACGGUCCAAGGGCGAGGAUCACCGACGGAAAAUUCUAGGGACAUUGAGCUCAAUCCACCGUGCGCUGGCCGCCGACCCAGGACAAGCUUCUCGACCGGACAUCGAAUUCGUUUUCUCUGUCGAAGAUAAGGUGGACGAUGUGACCAAUUCAGAAUGGCCGGUUUGGGUCUUUUCGCGAACGCCCACUGAACAAGGGGUUUGGCUAAUGCCCGAUUUCAGCUUCUGGGCUUGGGAUAACCGCGACAAUUACAUGGGGCCGUAUGACCAGGUGGUGGAACGAAUCAAGCGAAUGGAUAUCCCUUGGUCUGAGAAAACGCCUCAGUUGGUCUGGCGGGGCAAGCCUAGUUUUGCGCCAAAAUUGCGACGCGCGUUGAUGGAGGCCGCCAGAGAUAAACCGUGGGGCAAUGUCAAGCAGGUCGAUUGGAACACUGGUUCCAACGUCUUGAAGAUGGAAGAUCAUUGCCAUUAUAUGUUUAUUGCGCAUGUUGAAGGUCGCUCUUAUUCGGCUUCCUUAAAAUAUCGACAGGCCUGUAAUUCGGUGAUUGUUGCACACAAACUGCAAUUCAUCCAACAUCACCACUAUCUUUUGGUGGCAGAUGGUCCCAACCAAAACUACGUCGAGGUCGAGCGCGAUUUUAGCGAUUUAGCCGAAAAGAUGGAACCUCUGGUCGCCAACACCGAAACCGCCCGACGCAUCGCCAAUAACAGCGUCACGACUUUCCGUGAGAGAUAUCUGACCCCCGCCGCUGAAGCCUGCUACUGGCGAUCACUGUUCGAUGGCUACUCCAAUGUGUGGAACGGGACUGUCGAGCAGUGGUCCAAAAGGGAUGAUCGCGAACGAGGGCUUCGAUAUGAAUCGUUUGUUCUUCUGGAGAGCGUGAAGAUGUACGAAUUCGACGCUGCUAUCACUGAACAAUGGCAGGCUAUAUUAUGA